AUGGGAAAUUCACAGACGAAGGAGGCGCGCUCUCCUUUGUCGGCGUCGCAUCGGAAUCGGUCGCUGUCCGAUCAGGGCCACUCUCCAUAUCACGGUUCUCGAUCACAUCGCUCCAGUCGACAUGAUCUCUCAUUUCUCGGUAUUGGGGGCAGCUCCGGCGAUCGAGAAAUUAUCGUUCAUGAACAACGACGCGAAACAAAACAAGAUCGCGAAGCAAGGCGUCAGGAAAAGGAGCGGGCGGCCCGGCUAAAGGAAAGAGAAAGGAGUAUGAAGGAGGAGCAUGUCGAUGGUGGAUAUUUAGUCACUCAAGGCGUUUACGUUGGGACAGAAGACUUUAAUAAGGCUGUAGUUCGUCAGCUCAUGACUGAGAGACGUUUAGCACCUUUCUGGAGAGGGCUUAAUGAUUACUCAGAAUCAUGGACUGAACAUCAACUGAUAGCUGCAGCACGGGGAUUGCCUAUUCCCCCCCCAGAUCAGACACCCCCCGAACUCCAAUAUACACCUCCUUCUCAAAACACAGAAGAUGGUAACCAGUCGUCAGGGAAGAGCGCACAGUUCUUGACAGUUCCAACAGUAUCUGGGAGACCUCUAUCUGCUCACUCAGAGAAUGGACACCUGCCGCCGCUGAGUCCGGCCCAAUCUUUACCCCCUCCUACUUCCCCGAUCGCAUCCGGCACAUCCAUAUCUCCACUUUUUCGAAGCCGUGCAAAGACGUUGGCUGCUUUGACAGGUUCAAGCAAGAACCAGAAUGCAGAGAUCACUCCGCGCGAAAUCAUGCUACCGCAUGAUCCGUUCGUGAAUGGUCAACCUCUAGAAGCUUAUCUCUACAAAGAUGCCAGCGAGUGCCCGAUUUGUUUUCUUUACUAUCCUCCGUAUCUCAAUCGCACUAGGUGCUGUGACCAACCCAUCUGUUCAGAAUGCUUCGUCCAGAUCAAGCGACCAGACCCACAUCCGCCGGAGCAUGGUGAGUCACAUCAGAAUGCUGAAAAUGGCGAAGAGCGCAGUGGAUCAGAUCAAGAUUCUCAGCUUGUGUCUGAGCCUUCGGCUUGCCCCUUCUGUGUGCAGCCCGAGUUUGGUGUCACCUAUUCUCCCCCUCCAUUCCGGCGCGGUUUAGCCUAUGCGGGCUCUAAUGGGCUAGCGGUGGCCUCAGCAACGUCUCCCUUAUCAUCAAGCUCCUCCCUUGGUUCUAUGGCUUCGCCACCGGCCACAGGACGUCGUAGAGCGACAUCCCUUUCAGCUAACGACCCAAGUGUGAUUACGACUGACAAGGUCCGACCAGAUUGGGCUCAGAAAUUGGCCAAUGCAAGAGCGCAUGCAGCGCGUCGAUCGGCAGCUGCAACUGCUCUCCACACUGCCGCAUAUUUGAUGAGUGCGCCAGGUUCUGAAUCACGAGGCUUUGGGCGGCGUGGGGUUUUAGGGCGUUCUCGAGGCAGUAGUUCCGGCACUCAGACUCCGUCAAAUCGACCUACCGGCUCGUCGGCUCUCCAUGCACUUGCAUUUCUUUCUGAGCGGAGGGGUGGUACUAGCGACCAACAUUCAACCUCUAGCACUGCUACCGAAACCACGGAGGGUAAUGCAUUAGCGCCUGCACGAGAUAGUUCCAGACGUAGUCGAAUUGAAGACCUGGAAGAAAUGAUGAUGAUGGAAGCCAUCAGACUGAGUUUAGCUAGUGAGGAGGAACGGAGGCGCAAGGAAGAAAAGGAAUUGCGCAAAGAAGCCAAAAAGAAGGAAAAGGAAGCAAAGAAGGCUGAGAAGAUGAUGCGAAAAAACGCUGCUUACAGCAACAGUCAGUCAAGCCUAGCAAUUCUCAGCAGUGGAACCUCAAGUCGAGUAGACAGUAGCUCUUCAUCGGUCAUAGGAGAAGAGUCGACAAACUCAGAUAAAGGAAAGAAAGUUGACCGUACUUCACCUUUUCCUACAUUCGCCCCAUCGAGCGAGGCUGAAUCGGCAGACAUUAACGGAUCCAGCGCAACGACAACCUCUACAAGACUGGGAAUUACUCGCAAUGACUCGGAUUCAUUCACACAACCCUCCCCUACUGAACCAUCGCGUCCUUCGCAUCUACGACAUGUGUCUACCGCGUCAUCUACCUCAUCCUCCUUCGACACGGGAACUACGGAACAUCCAGAUACAGCUGCGGCAUCAUCCAAUCCAGCUCUGGAGCCAAUGUUCAACUUUCGAAGUCUCGCAGCCGUGAUUGGCGAUGAGGAGAAGUCUAAUGGUAUGGCAGAGCAUGCAGAGCAUGCGGAACACGUUGAGGAUACUGGUCAACAACAAUCCUCUACCUCUGCAACGACAGAUAUCCCAAUACUCUCAACACCGCCUACCGAAGACGCAACUCAUGCGACGUCACCUGCUGAGAAUCAGACUUCUUUACUUUCACAGGACUCUGUCCAUAGCACAGUUCCCAAGGAACUGAGCGCUCAUUCGGUAGAAGUUUCGCGAGAGACGACUGUCUAAUACUUUUUGGGUAUACGUUAUUUUAUCAUUGCCAUUAUCAUCAUUUCAGCUAGACUGUACCAUUUUCAUAUUCUGUGAAUAUACAAUUAUCUCUCCCAUUUCCAUCCUUGUCCCCCCGUGUCCUUUCUCACUACGGCUACCAUCAUACAUUAUGAGCCUACCUAUCUAUCUAUUCCUUAACAGCAUUCUCCUUCUCAUUUACAUAUUCAUACCACCUCUCUCCUUUUCUCUCUUCUUUUCUAUCUCAUUUGUCUUCUCAUUUUGGGUGGCCCAACUUUCAUCCUUCGAUCCUUUCAUUUCUCUCUCUUCUGACCAAGAUUGAAUCUGAACGAACCGAAAUGAAGAAUAAACCGUUCUCUUUUUAUUUGCAUUUUGUAGCAGGGCUUGGUCUAUUUUCUUUUCUUUCCUUGCGUCUAUUUUCUUGUCUUGGUUUUGUUUGGUUUGUGGUCUAGGGGUUAGUUUAAGGUUCGUGGUAUUUAUCUGCAUAUGCAUUUUUGAUGAAAUGGGAAGAAUUAUUUAAGAAUCAAAAAUUGAUCUAUCAUCACGUGAAGUCUAUAAGAGGUAUUCUAUUCAGCGAGUGAUGAAAAGUGUAAAUGAUCUGAUCAAAUCAGACCAAAAAAAAACCCCUGCUCCUCUCGUGCUAG